CUCAUUUUACUUGUAUAUAAUUUAUUUGGUGGAUAUUUCUCUUCAAAACUGAAGCUUAUGAGAAGUUAGGGUUUUGAUUCAUUGAAUUAUUUUUAGUGAAAAUGGGGGAAAUAGUUUUGAGUAGUGAAGAAUGGAUGGAUUCAUCAGAACAAGAAAUAGAAAUGGAAUUGAAGAAAGAAAUUAGUAAUAGUGUAAUUAGAUGGCAGGAUUUUCUUCCAAGGAUGCAUAUGAGAAUUCUUCUAGUUGAAGCUGAUGAUUCUACUAGGCAUAUCAUCUCGGCUCUUCUUAGAAAAUGUGGUUACAAAGUCACCGCAGUAGCUGAUGGUUCAAAGGCAUGGGAGAUGUUGAAAGGAAAAGCUCAAAGUAUAGAUCUUAUUUUGACAGAAGUAGAAUUGCCAUCUAUAUCUGGUUUUUCACUACUAGACAUGAUUAUGGAGAAUGAGAGUUGCAAAAAUCUUCCUGUUAUAAUGAUGUCCACACAUGAUUCAAUUGGUGUGGUUUUCAAUUGUAUGCUUAAAGGUGCUGCUGAUUUUUUCAUUAAACCCGUUAGAAAAAACGAGCUAAGAAAUUUGUGGCAACAUGUUUGGAGAAGGCAUAAUACUGCAACUAGUGGGAAUUCUGGACAACAAAAAAUUAUGGUUAGUUCUGAGAUCAAUAUUGCGAGUAAUCACACAAACGGUUCUUUUGCAAGCGAACAGGACAACAAGGAAUCCAGUGAUGCUCAAAGCUCUUCUACAAAGCGAGAUAUUGAAGCUGAGAGUGUAUCUUUUCAAAAAUCUAAAAGUCCCUCUCAGGUAGAAAAGAACAAUGACAAUUUGGACGUUGGUUUGCCUAUGCACGAGAGUGAAGGUACAGCCAUAGAAGAAGAACAUGCUUCUGCUAAUCAAUAUUCUCCUCUGGAUGUGGUCGAGGAAGUUCGCAUGGUUGAGGAUGACAUCUCUCAUGAAAACAUGCAAAACGUCUAUGAACAAGUCAGACCUCAGAUAGAAGUUAUUGAUUUGAUUGGGUCGUUUGAUGAUCGUCGACAGACUCAUGCUGUUGUGCGAGAAGUUCUCAGCAUCCACUCAAAACCAUACCAUGAUACAAAUGAAACAUCAAACAAGUUAGAGCUUUCCUUGAGAAGAUUCAAUCCUAGUGAAUGCGAGUACCAACAAACGGAAGAAAGACGCUCUUUGAACCAUUCAAAUUCCUCAGCCUUUUCACGGUAUAAUAACAGGACAGAACAGCCCUUUCAAUCCACACUGGUAGCUUUUCAUGCCAAACAAACGGAAUGUGCAGAUAAUUCUCAUAAGAAUAUGCUAAAUCAUGACCUUCUCAAUACCAUCGAUACACCUAAACAGAGUCAACCCAUACCAAGCAAUCAUCAAGAAAGUACCAAACCUCAGAUUGUUGGUCGACCUACUCAACAAGAAACAAGUUUUGAUAGCCUAUGCUCCAGUUAUGGUACCCUAUUACCACCUAUGCUGUAUACACAUUCAUGUCCACCAUCUCUAUGGAGUGCGAAAGCAGUUGACCAUCAGAAUACCUUUUUCGAGAAUUCACAUUGUCAAGCAAAAACUGAAUCCAACCAAUUUCAUCAAGUUCAUGACAAAAACGGUGAAAGUGGUAGUGGCCAAAUGAUGAACAAACGGCAAAAGUUGAAUGUAGAAUAUGUGGAGAAUCAAGUACACGUUACAACUGACACUGACCAGAGUAGAAGUAGCAGUUUAUGUAAUGGUGGAGCAAGUAACUUUAAUAGCAGUGGAUAUGCAAGAAAUUGUAAUGGAAGUAAUGGAAAUGUUAUUCCAGCUGCUGCAGCUAAAGCAACCGCAGAGAGUGGCCACAAUGGGAUCAAAGGGAUGGAUACUCUUCAUACCACUCAAAGAGAAUUAGCUCUUAACAAGUUCCGAUUGAAGCGAAAGGAUAGAUGUUUUGAUAAAAAGGUUCGAUACCAAAGCAGGAAAAAACUUGCAGAGCAGCGUCCAAGAGUUAAAGGACAAUUUGUUCGUCAAGUCUCAAUUAACCUUCCGCUGACUGAAACCAACUGUUAACGGGUAUCUCGUGUUGUAGUGGCUGGUAAAAGGAUUUGUAGUGGCUGGUAAAAGGCUUCAAUCGAUGGAAAUACUUGCAACCCUCCGUGACCGAAAAGAGGGUCAGUCAUGAACCCAAGAAGUUUCAGAGUUUUGGUUAUAGGUUAUGCACAUACUCGAUCUUUCAAGUAGCUUGUGAAAGUAGUAGGUGUAGCAAGAGUAGGAGCUCUGUAGAUACUUGCAGGAUGCGGACUUAGUUUACUGACACUGACAGUUGUUUGUUGCAUAUACUGUACAUAGUGUUUGAUUAUUAAUUUAAACACACGAACACAAAGAGAAACAUCUAUCUACAGGAGGAAGAUUUACAUCACUUCAGAGCAUUUUUUCUUUUCUUUUUCUUAUCUGUUCAUUUGCUGUAAGAAUUUUUUAUUUUUGUUGUUCUUACUUCAUACAUUCAUCCCCUAAUUUGCU